AUGGGCCUUUUCUCUCGUCACGCCGAACCGACGCCUCAGCCGCAACCUGUCUAUGAACAGCCGCCCAAGAAGCACGGCCUCUUCGGAUCCCGGCACCAAUCCCCACCGCGCUCCCACACGACAAACACCAGCCGAAGCGCCUACAGCGUCUCACCUGACCGCGACCGCGGCAGCGGCGGUGUCUUCCGCCGGUCGACGGACGCAAGCCACAACGGCAGCCACCGUAGCAGCGGCGGCCUGCUGCACCGGAGCUUCGGCAACGGCAACCGGGUCGACCUGGACCCCAGCAUCGUGCAGGCCCAGGAGCGCCUCCGGAACGCCGAGUCCGCCGAGAUGGAGGCCGACCGCGCCCUGAUCGCCGCCCGGGAGAGCGUCCGCGAGGCCCGCGAGCACGUCCGCCGGCUCGAGCUCGAGGCCCAGGAGGAGGCCCGCCGGGCAAAGAUCAAGCAGCACCACGCCAAGGAUCUCUCCAAGAGGGGGAAGCAGCUUGGACGAUACGGAAACUGA